AAAAGGUUGUCAAUAAACUGAAACUAGGCACCACCACGCACUGGCUCGUGCAGCUUCUUUAAUUGAUCAUCACAGGUAUUCUGGCGCGUUAGUUUCGUGUGUUUAUUAAAUAAUAUAUAUCAAAAAUACCCGUCAAAAUGAGCGACGAUGACCGCGAUAUCGAUAUCGAGAGCGAUGAAGGUGAUGACUCUGACUCCAGGCAAAGGCAUUCUAACAAUACCCAGUACUACUCUCAGGCAGAAAAGCGGGCUCACCACAAUGCGUUGGAAAGAAAACGACGGGAUCACAUAAAAGACAGUUUUUCAAGCCUACGGGACUCAGUGCCAGCUUUACAAGGAGAAAAAGUUGCGAGUAGAGCGCAAAUACUAAAGAAAGCUGCCGAAUACAUACAGUUCAUGAGGCGUAAAAAUACCUCCCAUCAACAGGACAUUGACGAUUUGAAACGACAGAACACUCUGCUGGAAUCUCAGAGUUUGUGUCUUCACAAUUUUCGUACCUUGGAAAAAGCAAAAAUCACAGGCAACUAUGCCGCAGAAUCUUGUGAAGUAUCUAAAUCAGAUUCCGUAGGAAUUGGAGCAUACAAUGACUCCGAAUCAGAAUCUUCCGACAGUGAAACCGGCAGGACCAUUCGUAAUCAUAAAAAAUUAAAAGUCGGAGGGAUGCAUCACUGACAGAAAAUGUUUUAAAAAAUAUUUAUCUAUUAUUAUCCCUAUUAUUUAAUACUUUAUUUUGAUAACAAAACAAAAACAACAAAGAGACAAAAAAUACGAAACAGAACCAGACAAAACAGUUACGAAUUUUGUGUAAAGUACAUUAAUAAUGUGUAUUAUGUAAACAAUAUUAUCAUGUAAUAUGUAAGGUAGGUACUUAUUUAAAUAAAUCAUAGUCCUGUUUA